CACAAUUGCACCGUGAGAAACAAAAGAUUCAUGAAAAUGUACAUUAUUUGAUCUCGUAAAAUUUGUUAAAUUGUUGUUGUAUUCCAACAAAAAGAUGGGGCCAAAGAUAGUAUUUUACUUUAAAAAAUACAUUUAACGAAGUUCCAUGAGGUAAUAAUGUAAUUUCAGACCACGGUGCCCUGGUUCAGAUUAAGUAUAAAUCUAAUACUUCAUUGUUCCCUGGGGCGGAAAUCCCUACUUUAUAACUUAUUUAUUCUAGUGAUUUUUAUUAUUUCUAGAAAAAUAAAUUUUAGUACUAGGAGUAGUAAUAGCUAAACUAAAACUAACUCAUUAACUUUGUCACAGGCACUUCAGACAGUAACAGUGUUUUUAUUUGGUAAAAAUGUUAAAACUUAAGACGUAAGUACUAAGUGCUUACUAUGGCUAUGGGCAUGGGGUCCUCCAUUAAUUAUGUCAACAAAAUUGGGGGGGGGGGGGGGGAAAUGUUUGACAAAAAUUUUUGACAAAAAAGGAAAAGGGGGGGAGAUUAGUUGAAAUCAACAAUAAAGUUUUUUUUUUUAUUAAAAUUUUAAUUUUUAAAAUUGACUGGUUAUUUUCAUUAUUUAAACAAAUUUAAUGAGUGUAAAUUAAAAUAGUUAUAAUAUAAUAUAAUUUUUUAGGCGUUUAACAAAAUAAGAUUUAUUUAGUGUGUGUCUGUCUGUGCAAUGCUGAUGGCUGGUCAGAAUGUUAGCAUAUUUUGUUAGUGGAAGAGAAGUCAAAUUGGGCCAAUCUUCGCCUGUAGAUUCUGUUUGUCGCAAAUGACUAGGACAGUUUGUUUGCGAUCGUGUUUCAGGUAUGGAACAAGGGCAAGGUUCAAGUGUCAUGUGCAGUCCAGAUAAAUGAUAUUGAUAAAGUAGGAAUACAAUAUUUUAAGAAUUGGAGGACAUUAAAGGGAGUAACUAUAAUAACAUCGCUGCUUGAACGGAUUUACUAUGCUACAAUCGUCAACUAUACUGAAAAUAAUUGUAUUUAUACUUAAAGAAAAACAGUGAUAUUUAGACUUUAACAGCUUUUCAUUGAUUCUGAAUUUUAAAAGUUAAGUGUAAAAACUUUUUAACUUGUUGAUUAACAAGCUAAAGAUGCAAAAGAAUGUUUUCCUACAAUUCUGUGUUAUUAACAUAUAUCAGCACAAAGUAAAAUCCAUUUCUAAUAUAUGUAUAUUUAUAUUAUAAGUCAUUUUUUCCGGGGGGAAAAAAUGUGGACAUAAUUACUUGUGGGGGUGAUUGAAAGUUUGACACUUGUUGACAGGAGGGGGGGGGGGUUAAAAAAUUUUUUAAAAAUUGUUGACGUACUUGAUGGAAGCCCCCAAAGUAGUUUUUUUAAUUAGGCCCACUAGCAAGAAUGAGGCCUAAAUUAAGCCUCGUCCUUGCUAGUGGACUAGUCAGUAAAUAGCAUAAUCAUAAUGAUAAUGUGACAGUUUCAUGUGAGUGUUAUGAGUAAAUUACUAUCUGGUCAAUCUUGAUUUGUUGGUAUCAAUUUACAUAGUAUUAAUUUUUUUUUAAAACACCAUAACAGUUGAAUUUAGUAUUGUAUUAUUAUUAGUAACCUAUUGACUUUGAGAUUGGUAUUUUUAUGGUACGAUCAUAUUACCAAUCACAGUGACAAUGGAUUAGAUCAGAAAAGUAUUUUAUUUCUAAUGAUGCCACUGCAAUGACUUUGUUGUCAAAGUCAAAAUCUUUACUCUCUUACUUUGUUUAUGAAUCACUGGGCAUGGAUGAUUUUUCUAUGUGGAAUUGUGUAGACCAGGCCUGCACAACUUACGGCCCGCUGGCCACAUAGCACCCAAUUUGUGGCCCGCGAAGACUUUGGUGAAAAAAAUCAUAAUAUCAUAAAUUAAUAUUAAUAUUCCCUAACUUAUUGAUAUAUAAUAUUACUACCGGUAUAGAGAUAUAUACAGUAUUUAUAAUACUAUAAAUAAUCAAAUACUUUUUUUUUUUUCCCUACGUCCACGUAUACUUGAAAUGAAUGUUUUGUUUUAUUUAAAUCCAAUUAAAUUAGAUCUACUAAUUUUUUAUCUUUUUUAAAUAUUUUACUACAUGUUAGCUUUCCUGGUGACGAAAUUUAAUCAUACACGCACAUUUUUUCCCAGCAAUUACUCUUUGUCUCAGUAUCGCAAGUGUGUUCAAAACUAGUGUCUUCUGUUGAGAGUAGCAUUUUAUUAUUUUUGUAAUAUUGUCUAUAAUUAUGUUGUGUUGAACUCACGUAUCGCGUUAUUUUGAUAUUCUGUGCAUUUAGUUCAGUACUAUACUUAUAGACGUGUACUUGAAAUAUUUAAUCACCAUGAAUCAAAACAGAAAGAGAAAACUAGGGAUGAAGCACAUAAUUUUUAAUCCUGAAUGGACAAUUAUAAUACUUAUUUACAGUGUUCAAGGAAAAAAAUACUGUGCCUCGUAUGUCCUGACAUAGUUGCUGCACCGAAAGAGUUUUAUCUUUGCCGGCAUUUUGAAUCUAAACGCCCUAAUUUGUCAAAAAGGGACCAACAUGAAAAAUCCAUUAAAGCAGCGAAUCUAUCGAAAACUCUUACUGGAGAGCAGACAUUUUUCAAGAAAAAGAACAGUGACUAUGAGACUGCUACCAAGUUUUGGCUUUUAUAUUUCAAUGGAAAUUGCUACUGCUGGGAAAUCCUUUGCUGAAGGCAAAUUUGUAAAGAAGUGCAUGAUAAUUGCCACGUCUGAAUUAUGUCCAGAAAAAAACAGUGUUAUUUAAGAACAUCAGUUUAUGGCAAAUGACACUGCAAAGAAAAAAAAAACCUGUAUUUCCACCAAUCUUAAAGAACUGUUAAAGCAUGAAGCUUGUGAAUAUUCUUUUUUAAUUCUCUAGCUAUGGGCGAAAGCACAGAUUUAAAAGACAUCGCUCGACUUCUAAUUUUCGUUAGAGGUGUCGACAAAAACUGUGAAAUUACAGAAGAACUGGCAGGAAUGUGUUCUAUGUAACAUCGCACAACCAGAAAAGAUAUCCUUAAUGAAGUGAUAAAUUGCUUGAAAGAUGACUUGGGAUUAGAUUUUAUAAAAUUAGUGGCCAUUUGCACCGCUGGUGCCCGGAAUAUGACGGGUGUUAAUAAGAGAGCAGUUGCGAUUUUGAAAAUUUUAUUCGAAGGCAAAUAACAAAAUACAAUUGCAUUAUACACGCGGAGGCCUUGUGUAGCCAGGUGUUACACUUGGAAUAUGUUAUGUCGGUUGCUGUUAAAAGAGUCAACUACAUAAGAUCAAGAGGACUUAAACAUAGGGCUUUUCAUACUUUUUUUGAAGAUAUAGACGCCGACUGCAGAGACAUACUAUACCAAGCAGAAGUGAGAUGGUUAAGCAGAGGGAAAGUGCUUCAACGAUUCGUUGCUUUAAAUAAGGAAAUAUCUAAAUUCCUAGAAGACGAAGCAAAGGAAUUCCCUGAGUUUGAAGAUGGCUCCUAGAAUCAUGACCUCUUCUUCAUUUGUGAUAUCAAAGAAAAACACCUAAAUGACCUUAACGUUCAACUUUAAGGUAAGCAACAACUUGUAUUUGGAAUGUUUGCAGCAAUAAAGCUUUUAAACUGAAUAUGAAACUUUUCAAAACCCAGUUAUUAAAUGGUGGAAGGAGUCACUUCUAAAAAUCAUUUUCCUCAGGACAAGCACAUCAAGUUAGGAAAACAAUUUGAUAAUGAAAUUAACCUUUUGAUAAAAGAAUCUGAUAAAAGACUCACUCUUUCUAAAGAAGAAUAACUUCAGUUUGAACUAAUUGAAGAUCCAUUUCCUGUGAAUCCCGAAAACAUACCAGUUUACUUGCAGCUGGAGCUUAUCAAACUACAAUGUUUGGAAAUUUACCGAAGCAAGCACAGAGAAAGCAGCCUGCAGGAGUUUUAUCAAAAUCUGAGAAGUGCCCGAAUCUUUACGAAGGUGGACUAACAAAUUUUAGUGUGUUUGGAAACACUUAUCUAUGUGAACGGACAUUUUCAAUACUGAAUAUUAAUACCACGCUCAUGUUUGUGUGAUGAUCAUUAAUUUGGAACCCAUCUUAAAAACAGCCACUUCCAACAUAUCUCCUGAAUGCGACAAACGUGUAACCUAAAAACGAUGCUAUAUUUCACAUUAAAUUUACUUCGUACGUAAAGAAAUAUUCUUCAUAGUUAUUGUUUUCUUAAUAGCCCCCCCCCCCACUUUGCGGUCCUAUUUUGUUUUGGACCGCACAAGUUUUUCAUGAAGUGUUAUGGCCCGCCUCACAUUUUGAGUUGUGCAGGCCUGGUGUAGACCUAUAAGCUAUAACUAAUUUUAACUCUAAUUUUUUAGGUUAGGUGCUAAAAUUUUGCCUUAGUACUGGUUUUGUAUAUGAAUACUAUUUUAAUUAUUUAAAUAAUUAGAUGGUCAGUUACAAAUUAUUCAUUCAAUUUUUGAAUAACUCAUUUUGUUUCAGAAUCUAACUAGAGGAUGUCAAGUCUUACUGGCCUAGUUCUGCAACUUAGGCUUACAAAAUGUGUUUUUGCUGUGCAGAAGCAAUGUGGGAGCUGUAGAAGAUGUUGCCUUCAAGCUCAUUCAAUACCUCACUUAAAUUUUAGCCAAAUAUUUAGGACAAUCUGUGCCAUGGGAUUGCCUGAAAAAUGGAAAGCAAAUGAUGAAGGACACUCCAACACUGAAACCAAGUUCCUUAAAGUAAAAUCAUCAUCCUCAUGUUUAGAACAUUUGAGAAAAUGCAAUAGAUUUAAUGGAAAUACUACUGAUGGUUUCACCUCUAAAAAUUCCCUCUUUCCAUGGCACAGAAUAUUAAUUAAAGAACUUAAUUCUAACAGAAGAAGCUACGAUUGUUUCAAAGAUCAGACUGUUACUUGUGUUAGGCAUUACAGGGGUCAAACAAAACAGAGAAGUUUUGAAGGCAAUGAAGUGCAAGAAAACCCAUUGCUACAUCAAAAGAAAGGGGGAGAAGUCUGUGAGGAAGAAGGUACAAAAAACUCAAAUGUACCUUCAGUUACAAAUUUUAAACCACGGCAUUUUGCAAGGAAUGUCCAAAAUGAAUUUACUCGACCCCAGAUAUUAAGACGUGAAAGAGGUAAGUAGCUUUGUUGUAACGUAUUCCCUCUUAAUAUAACAUUUUAAAAAUUUUAUAGCCGUGAAUAAAAAGUGAAUAUUAUAAUACCGUUAAUGCUUUAAUACUUUUUGUUGUGUUUUUCAAAUAAAUAAAUUUUAUUGAAUCAUUUGUGACUUAUUCGUUUUAAGAGUCUGAGAGGGAUGUCAUUGAAAGACGAUCAGUUGAUGAAAUGUCCCUGGCUGAGUUAUCAAGAUCUUCCCUCAACAUUGUGCCAUAUGUUAAGAGAUCUCCAACGCUCCAGGGCCUGGUUAGGCUAGGUGUUAGCUUAGAUAAGAUUCAGCAGGUACAUGUCUUGUCAAGGUUAUUUCGUGUGUUGUUCACCGUCGGCUUUGUCUAAUUGCAAUUCAAAUAAUUCCACUGAAUCACAUUUUGUACACUUGAAAAAAUUGAAACUUAACAACUUGGCACUUGAAAUUUUCUUUGAAAUUCAUUGUCAUGUUGGCUACCUGAGCAGAGCCAUCAAUCUUUACUGUUACAUGGUUGAUUUGUAGGGUCUGGCUUUCCUUGACCUUGGUUUGAACUAGUGGGUCGCCCUGGCCUUGGUUUGAACUGGUGGCUUUCCUUUGCCUUGGUUUUAACUGUUCGGUUUUGUUGUUCUUGUUUUGAACUGUUGGGCUUUUGUUCUUGUUUUGAACUGUUGGGCUUUUGUUGUUCUUGGUUUGAACUGUUGAGCUUUUGUUGUUCUUGGUUUGAACUGUUGGGCUUUUGUUGUUCUUGUUUUGAACUGUUGGGCUUUUGUUGUUCUUGUUUUGAACUGUUGGGCUUUAGUUGUUCUUGUUUUGAACUGUUAGGCUUUUGUUGUUCUUGGUUUGAACUGUUGGGCUUUAGUUGUUCUUGUUUUGAGCUGUUAGGCUUUUGUUGUUCUUGGUUUGAACUGUUGGGCUUGUUGUUCUUGGUUUGAACGGUUGGGCUUUUGUUGUUCUUGAUUUUAAUGGGUGGGCUUUGUUGUCCUUGGUUUAAUAUGUUGCUCACAGUGUUGUGCCAGAACCCAUAUGACUGGGGUUUAAACAAAAGUCUUUUUGUUUGCUAGUCUUUUAACGUCUAAUUCCACUACCUGGCCACCCUCUGUAGGCUUAAACGAUAUUCUUUCCAUAUAUAAGCCAAUAAGCUUAAUGUGCAAAUCAGCCAGUACCCCUUAUUGAAAUUAGGCUUUUAGAUUUUCUCCCUCAGUUACUCCAAGUUUAUGUUGAAGAAAUAGAGCUAAAAAUAUCAUUUUAAAUUUUUUUCUUAACAGGUAGAGGGUAUUCCAGAGCUGCUAAUAAAAUAUAACUUCCAAAAAGACAUUGUCCCAUUUCUGAAGUUCCUAAGACAAAUUGGAGUUCCUCCGGAGGCUGUUGGUAAUAUUUUCACCAAGAAUCCAUUGCUGUUUAAGGAAAAUAUUGCAUCUUUAGAGUUGCGUGUUGGGUAAGAUCUAUUUUCGUUAUCAUUUUUCAUCAAAGUUGUUACUUAAGUGCAUCCCAAUUCCCUAAUUCUGCCCUCAUCCCAGAUUGGUGUUGGAUACAUUGUGGAGAAAUGCCACCUCUUUGUAGCUGCUACUUCCGUCAUAACUGUCUGUGGGUUCUCUGUUUUUCUGUGCCGUGGCCUCUUUACGUCAUCAUAGCUGGACACACACUUUUUUUUUUCUGAAGCUACAGUUCAUCUCUUGUAAGCUGUUAUAUUUAAACUAGUGUCGCUGAAAUGCCUUGACUUAUCUGUUAUUUUGUGAGAUUGUGUUUGUCAACCCUGUUGGUCAACCACAGAAGCGCAGUGCAAUAGCUUUUAAUGGAUUGCUCCACUUACUAAUUUAGAACAUCAUUUGCUUUACAUAUCAUUAAUGACAUCCGUUGAUUUGUCUACAAACUUAAGCAAGGGUUCUUAUCCUGUGGCCCAUGUACCUCUUAAGAGUCAGUGAAAAGCUUAUGAAGGUUCAUGAGGUGGAUUUCAUUUGUAAUUUUAUUAUAUUUAUAUUCAUUUAGAGACUUUAUUAUAACAUGGCAUCUGUGGCCUUUAUCUGAUUGGUAAAGGGGUUCCAUGAAUUAACCCUUUACGGGCCAGAGCGGCCGAAAACGUCUUUACCACUUAAAGGGCAAAACGCCCAAAAGCGUCCGUGACGACUUAGUGUUGUUUUCUCGUGACCUUCGAGGCUUUCCGAGACUUCCUAUUGUUUACAUCCGGUUUUUCCGAUAGCUAAAUAGAGUAGGCGCCAGUUACAAGUAUUUAAUCGAUUUUUUUUUUAGUUUUAGUGGUUUAAAAAAAAAAAAUUUUCGAAAUGGAUUUUGCCGAUUAUUUGCCGAUUAUUCAAGUGAUAGCGGAGAUUUCGCUGGAUUCAAUUAAAGUGACAUUUAAGUGCACGAAUUGACUGUAAAUUGGAACUAGAUGUUUAUAUUAUUAGUAAUAUUAGUGAAAUCAGCGUAGUAAGCAGUGUUGAAUUUUACAAACUUCUAUUUUGUGGCAGUGUUUGUAAAUAGUAAAUAGAUGACUCACAAUCACAAACAAUAUGUUGUUUUUGCAAAUAUUUGUGUUCAUAUAAGGAUUAAUGGCAAAAUGUGAGUACAAUCAUAAAUCUGCAUUCAUUUUCCUUUAUUUUGCUUUUUAUUUCACACAAAUUUGUUGACUAAAACCUUAGAUUUGAUUUUUUUUGUAACGUAACGCUACAUUUUACUAAAAAACGGAAAAGUGGUGCCCGUUCAGGACAUGCAAGAGGAAGUACCUCUGCCCCGUAAAGGGUUAAGAAAUGUUAAGAAACUCCAAACUAAAGGAAGAAAAGCUGACAAAUGUGUAAUCCAACAUACAUAGGAGUUGCAUACUUUUUAUUAGCUUUGUUAUCUUUUUUGGUGUUAAUAUAGAAACAGCUGUUGAGCCUUGAAGUUUAUUGAAACUACUCUGAUUGUACCACAUGACUGAACUAUUCUUUUUUUUUUUUUUUUUUUUUUUUUUUUUUUUUUUUUUUUUUUUUUUUUUUUUUUUUUUUUUUUUUUUUUUUUUAUUUUUUUUUUUUUUUUUUUUUUUUUUUUUUUUUUUUUUUACAUUUCUUCAGCUAUCUUUUAAGUAAAAAUUUCUCUUUGGACGAUGUUGCGUCCAUGGUCAUAAGAUCCCCCAUUGUUCUUUUGAUGGAUCCUUACAAGGUGGAUGAGAAACUUGGAUUUCUGCAAAAUGCUUUUCAAUUAUCUGGUAUGUUUUGCUUAGUUUAAGUAGAGUCCAUCUGAUAAGUCGUGGUUAGUUUUAUUAGAGUCUGUUGAUGUCAAUGAUAGCGAAGAACUUUAAAUUUAAACCUAUUUAUUUAUUUAGUGCUACAAAAACUACAGGAUAGGAGAUUUUAUGUGUGUUGAGUUUUCAUUUUUUUUCUACUAUGGAUGGAUAUGAUGUUAACUGAGAUGAUUUUAAACCAGGUAGUGAAGUGAGGCAUGUUGCUUUGACCUUACCCAAAAUAUUAACAUGGAGGCGAGAGCUGAUUGCAGUAAGUUCAAAAAAAUUCUCCCAUGUCAUCUUGUUGUGAAAGAAAAUGGUUUAUUUGUUGAGAUGAAUGUUGAAUGCCUUGAUGUCAACCUGAAAUUCAGUCAUUUUUGGCUGAUUAAUAUAACUUACAAGUAUAUUAAAAGACAUAAGCUAUCUGUGUAUACAAGCCAGGUGAACGCUUUAUCUAAGUAAGACGAAGUACAAGAAUGUUAAGUGUUUGAAACUCCUCUAUUCAUUUUUACAUGAUAUUAUUAAUUUAUUUAAGAAUAUGAAGUCAAUGAUAAGACUUUAAAUUCAGGAGGAAAAACAAGAACAAAAUAAUGCUUUAUUGUGAGACACAUGUAUUCUAAAAUGAAAAGACUGCUACUCUGUGCUGACAUGAAUUCUUCAAUGAAGCAUCAUUUUUGGGUUGAAUGAGUAUCUUGUUGUGUUUGUUUUAAAGACUCUUAUCUUUUAGAAGCAUGGCUGGAUUUCAAAACUGUAUUCAUUGAAUGGGAGGUCAAAUCCCUUUUAAAUGUAACAUUAGAGGGACAACACUGAUCAGAUUUUUGCCUUCCUCUUGUCCAUUAACUCCUGCUCUAUUAUUGGUGUGACCCUCCACAGGACGUACGCUUCCAUGUGAAGGAGUUCAUUGGAUUCACCAAUCCUGAGUUGAAGGAGGUGAUCCUGAAGGAGCCCAAAGUUUUCUUAUACAGUAAGGAUUGAUGUUGAGCUUGUUAGAUCUGGGUCAAUGUGCACCCGAUAUUUCAUGUUAUAGGCAUAAUAGCGAUUUAAUACAUUUUUUUUUUAAAAUUAUCCAUUUUACCUCUUUGUUUUAAAAAUAGCUUAGUUGUUCCCAUUUUUUGUCUUUGAAAGUCUAUUUAUGUCAGUUGAAGUUGAAUAAAUGUCCACUGUUGCUCUUUUACCCCCAGGCAAAUACCAGCUUGUAAAAUCCUUUGAUUACCUUCACAACACCAUGAUGAUUACACAUCAACAGAUCUUGAGUUGGCCGGGAAUUUUGUUGACCAGAGUUUUUAUUUUCAAGAACAGGCACCUGUUUCUUUUGUCCCGUGGGCAAGCCCAGUAUGACCCAUGUUUGGAGAACUUUGUACCCCUCAAAGCCUUAGGAUCGGGUCCUGAUGAAGAAUUUUGUCAGAAAAUUGCUAAAUGUGAUGUGAAUGAAUAUUACGAUUUCUGCAAGACACUCUGAUAAUGAUAAACAUAUAUUCACAGAUUUCCAUUAACUUUACGUUGUGUGUUUUGUUUAACCAUCAGUUUUAUGUGGGAAAUAAUUCACCACUUUCAGUUUAAUUAACUCAUUCCCUCCUGCAAUGCUACUUCCGUAUUUAAUUUAUUUGCCUGAGAAAGGUAAGUAACUCCGUCUUGCAAUUGAUUUACAUUUGUAAAAUAUUUAUUUAAGCUGCUAAAUAUUAUUAAAUGUUAACGGAUUAAGAACAAAUGCAUCAAAGAAUGAAUAAGGUUUAAUAUAAAUAUAACAUUAGCGGGUAAAAAAAUAACGAACAAUGGCCAAAAAAUCGAUUUUCAGCACCUCGGACGAACACAUGCUACAUAUAGACGCGCCAUACUAAAGCACACAUAGCUUUAAAGUGAAACAAGAUAAAAACUUCCGGUUUUUAAAUGUCACGUUGAACCAUGCCAUCACCGGAAGUCUCGAGGGAUGCGAGAUUUCAUUGCUAUUUUUAAAUAGAUAUGAGAGAGGUGUGUCGCUAUGCGGCGGGACGCAUCCGGCGAAACCCGUAAAGGACGCAUUUAGUCGCAAACGUCGGGAGUGAGUUAAGGCAGAAAGUCGGUUCUAUAUAUUUGUAAUAUUUCCUUGUGUGUUAUCUCCACAACCAGAAGUAAUUUAAAUUGAAGGAAUGAAGAAAUAAAACCUAUAAACUGUAUAAAAAAUAUGACACAAAGUUUAAUUCCUUCAUUGUUUAAAAUACUAACCUUGUUAAAGAUAAUGAUUUAUUGGAAUAAAUAUAUAUUAUGACAGAAUGAAAAGUAACAUUUGUUAGUCAAAACAAAUAUUGGAUUUCAAUAUUUUAUAGUUAUACAAAUGAGCCGAACAAACAAUUAAUCUAACAGUUUUUGAAUGCUAUAUUAACUUCACUUUUGUUCGUUGGUGGCUAGCUGGGUUGCAGGCAAAAUCUUCGGAUGGUUAAUUAACUCACUGCCAUCAGCCUAUUGAGCUUAAGCUUGGCACAUAAAAUCAGUGCUGAUGAAAACGCCUUCUAUCAAAUU